AUGAAAACGAGCAUCAGCACAUUGCUGCCAUUGUCGACUUUGAUGGGCCCGACGGGAUGGUUGCUGUCAACGAUUUAUUUCUGGCAACAGGACAAGAGAAAGCUCAACAGGGCAAAUGGUUGUAUAUCACAUCAAGUGUUUUUGUAA